AAAACGGGUUUUUCAAAUUACAUCUAGGGUUUUACAUAUCAUAUAUAAACCCAGCGAAUUCUCAUUUAACCGUCUCACUUUAAGGAUCCCUCUGCCGCCGCAGUGCGAAAAUCACCGGAACCCUAAGUAUCUUCCGUCGCCGGCAACCAUGGGUAUUUCUCGGGAUUCGAUGCACAAGAGACGUGCUACUGGAGGUAAGAAGAAGGCAUGGAGGAAGAAGAGAAAGUAUGAGAUGGGAAGGCAGUCUGCAAAUACAAAGCUGGUGCAUAAUGCUAAGACUGUUAGGAGGAUAAGGGUCCGAGGAGGAAAUGUGAAGUGGCGUGCGUUGAGGUUGGACACUGGAAACUACUCCUGGGGCAGUGAAGCUGUUACUAGGAAGACCCGUUUAUUGGAUGUGGUGUACAACGCCUCAAACAAUGAGUUGGUUAGGACACAAACUCUUGUGAAGAGCGCUAUUGUUCAGGUUGAUGCGGCUCCAUUUAAGCAGUGGUACCUCCAGCACUAUGGUGUUGAAGUUGGUCGCAAGAAGAAGAGUGCUGCCAAGAAGGAAGGAGAGGAGGCUCCUGAGGCUGCUGCAGAGGAGAAGAAAAGUAACCAUGUCCAAAGAAAGCUGGAAAAGCGUCAACAGGAUCGUAAGAUUGACCCACAUGUUGAAGAGCAAUUUGCUAGUGGUCGUCUAUUGGCUGCAAUCUCGUCACGACCUGGCCAAUGCGGCCGUGCUGAUGGUUACAUCUUGGAGGGUAAGGAGUUGGAGUUUUACAUGAAGAAGCUACAGAAAAAGAAAGGAAAGGGUGCAAGUGGUGCUACUGCUUAAGAUCAUAAGUUUUAUAUCAGUUUGCUUCUGUUAUUACUCCUCUUGAUAGAAUGAGAAUUAUGAACAUCUUUAUCUAUUAGAUCUGGCAAACUUUUUUGUAAUGUGAUGUCACGUGAUUUUGAGGACAUGUUCAUCUUUGCAUCACUUAUGUUUUCUAUUUGGCUAUAUCAUUCAGACAAGUCUUGUGGUCAUUCAA